AAUCCUUGUUUAAACGGAGGAUCGUGUACGGACCAGGUUAAUGGCUAUGCUUGUAGCUGUCAGCCAGGAUACACAGGAAGACAGUGUCAAACAAGUAAGAAAUAUUUUAAGCGUUGUAAUAUCCCCUGAAUCGUUUUGGCAAAAGUUGUAAUAAAUCUUUUAAUUUUGCCAUGAAAAGUUGACCUCAGUUUCUUGUGUUGUACUUUUUACCACAGACAUCAACGAAUGUUCCAGCAAUCCUUGUUUAAACAGAGGAUUUUGCGUUGACCACAUCAAUCGAUAUGCUUGUCUAUGUGAGCCUGGAUACACAGGGACUAGGUGUCAAUCAGGUACGUAGGUAUUAGCAUUUAAGGCACUGUACUGUAAAUGCUUGUGUGGGAAACAAACCCGUCGAUGAGGCUAUUUGACAUUCUAGAAGACUUCUUUCGUAUGAGAAUGACGGGGAUAAUUCAUUGAUUGUCUUGUCGCAUUGUGGCUCCUCCAACUUUGUGGCCCAUCUCUUCCUGGUAAUUAUUACAUAGCUCUUUAUACAAGAAAAAUCGGAUGGCGUCUUUUUGGAAAGCAUAUUGAGACAAUUUAAGUACUCUUCAUCGCUGACAUAUAUUAAGGAAGUAGCCCAAAUUUUUCAAUAGUUUUUGUUGAGUAUAGGGCGACCAACACAACAUGGUGCAAUACAACACCUUGAAUGUUACAAUGUCGUUCCAACCUCUACGUGUUCUUCCUAACUCUAAUCAAGCCUAAAUUCUGUUCCCUUUUCUCGCAAUGGUAUCAAUAUGACAAUUCGCAUAAAGAGAUGAUGGUUUAAGGUGGGCCAAGGCUGCGAAAUUCGUCAAUUUCCUCCAAGACAGAACCCUUCAUUCACGGUCCUAUUUGAUAUUAAAUGGUUGGUAAUUCGCACUAACUUGCAGUACUUACACCGAAGGUUAUCUUGUUUAAAGAUGACUCCAUGCUUAGUUUAAUGAGAUCCCCGGCCUUAAAACAUCAACUGAUUAUUGGGGCAAGUUAUUACUCUAAAUGCCUUACAUUGGUCUGCAUAAAGUGCCACCGACUCCCUUGGAGUGACCACCUCAGGAGGACCACUGAUAACUUAAAAUAGCGAAAACAGGGCGCUCAAGAUUCGAAAAAGUGCCCAGUACAAUCGGGACAUGCCUACUUCUUGGCACAAAUUUUCAGAAUACGUGCGGGAGAGGAUACCUAAAUACUGAGCCAGGACUUCGAGCCAGGACUCCUGUCACGACGCAUACUAGAAACUCGUUAUCGCAAAAAUCUCGCGAAGCUGUAAAGGGUCAGCAGUGGGAAUAAAGGGAAACAAGCCAAAGGGAAAAAAUAUGAACAAAAAAACGAAACUAAACAGAAAAAAAAUGUGCAAAGUAAACGAAAAUGGCCACAACGAGAGUCAAACCUACACCUUGACCACCUUCUACGCGCGAAGUCAGCUCCCAGACCACUAGGCCACGCUGCCGCUGAAUAAUUAAUCACGUAAAAUUAAUAGUCUUAAACCAUCUUCCCUGCUGAAUGUAACUUAUGGUCAGAAGGGACAGCUGCUUGACUAGAGGAGUCGAUUCCAGUAAGAAGACUUUAAAUACCACUUCUGGCAAUGAAGGCAAACUUUCAUUGGACAGCAAACGAGAAGAAAAACGAUGGCUGAGACAUCAUCGACUAUUUAUAGUCAUUUUUAUAUAUAUAGAAAAAGGGACGGUCAUAUGGAGACAGACUUAGAAAGAAUGGGUCAUGUAUAUUAAGCUUCUUAAAUCAUCAACGCAAACUCAACUGCACUAGUAUUCUAUCAGUUGAACUUACUGCUAAAACGGCGAAAAGUGCGGUCACGUCAUAAGUGGUCGGUAACCUGUUAAUUAUUGUUUGGGGUAAAAAUCUUUUAAUGUUUCUAUUAAAAGUUUAGUAUUCCGGUGUUUGAAUUUCUUAUCACAGACAUCAACGAAUGUUCCAGCAAUCCUUGUUUAAACGGAGGAUCGUGUACUGACCAGGUUAAUGGAUAUGCUUGUAGCUGUCAGCCUGGAUACGCAGGAGCACAGUGUCAAACAAGUAAGAAAUAUUUUUAGCGUAGAUAGUUUUGGCAAAAGUUGUAAUCAAUCUUUUAAUAUUGCCAUGAAAAGUUGACCUUUCUCAUAUUGUACUUUUUGCCACAGACAUCAACGAAUGUUCCAACAAUCCUUGUUUAAACGGAGGAUCGUGUACUGACCAGGUUAAUGGAUAUGUUUGUAGCUGUCAGCCUGGAUACGCAGGGACUAGGUGUCAAUCAGGUACGUAG